CUGGAACUAAAUUCCUGCCCACUCUCAUUCAUCUCCUUCAAAGUCUGUUUCUCUGCUUGUUCCACUGUUGUCUGUAACGAUGGAGCUGAAUCUGGCCAUUCUUACCCUCGCUGUUUGUCUCUCAGCUGAUGCUCAAAUUAUUCACGACGAUUUCAAAAUUAAUGGAUGUUCUGAUACAGAAAAAGAAUCUGUCUAUGGAUCUGAUGGAGAAGAGAUAUGGCAUGCUGACUUUAUUCAAAAGAUGGGAGUAAAUACAUUACCAGAUUUUGCAGAUGCUUUGAGAUUUCCAGGAUUUUAUGAACAAAGCAUUUCAGAACAAGAAACAUGCGAGAAUAACUUAGCUGUAUGCAUUAAAGCUUACAAUUUCCCACCAGAGGAAAUGGACCCCCCCGAGACAUCCAUCUAUCCGAGGAAUGAUGUUCAGCUGGGUGUUGAAAACACGCUCAUCUGUCACGUGACUGGCUUCUUUCCUCCACCUGUCAACGUCUCGUGGGCUAAGAACAAUGUCAUUGUGACGAAAGGUGCGAGUCUGAGUCGGUACCGACCGAGGAAUGAUGGAACCUUCCACAUCUUCUCCUCUCUGGAUAUUGUUCCUGAGGAGAGAGACAUUUACAGCUGUAUGGUGAACCACGGAGCCCUCCAGGGCCAAGCGCAGACCAAAAUAUGGGGUGUCCCAGAGACGGCUGCUGUCCCACCCAGUCUGGGUCCGGCGGUCUUCUGUGGAGCAGGGUUCACUCUGGCGCUACUGGGAGUAGCUACGGGAAUCUUCUUCUUUAUUAAAGGAACUGCAACUGACAACACAGACACAGCAAAAAAAGAAAAACUUUUCAUGCAGUGGACCUACCAAUAAAGACAGUUGCUCGCGGAUUCUCAAUGCAAUGAUACAGUGCUUUUGUGUCAUUUCAGUGAUGGACGGCACUGCUGGUGUUGAAGAUCAAUCGAUCAAUAGAUACAUAAAUGCAAAAAUCUGGGUGAACCUUGAAAGUUGAAACAGAUUAAAUCAUUUCAUAAAAUCUUUUCUUGCUGUGUAGCACUGUUUAUAAUUAUAUCUACACGUUUUUGCGCAGAUUACUUGACGAACUGCAAAUGUAACAUAAAUCAUUGUUCAUUAUGAGUGACUUAAUUCAAAUAAGACACUUUUGCUACUUUCAUACUACACGUAGUUGCUUUUGUCAUGGAUUGAAAUGUUUCUUUUUUUAUAUUAUGUACGUUUUUUGCCCCUAGCGGUUAAUAAAGGAAACUGCAUGAGA